AUGCCUGCAACUCCACCGAGUAACAAAGAAAGCUCUACCAUCUUCGUUUUUACCCCUCGCCAAGUUUUGUUGAGCAACCAAAACAUGAAGCACACUGCUCAGAACGGAACUCCAAACACCAAGCGGGAACCCACACUUCUCCUUCACCAAUCCAUUGCCCGUUACUUGGAGCUCAGUGGCUUCUCCAAGACGCUCAAAAAAUUUCGCUUCGAAGCGAAAAUCGAGAAAAAUGAUUUGGAGGGAUCACCAGUUGAUCUGGAAGAAAUGUGCCUCAAGUAUUUAGAAAUAUGUGGCAAAGAGGCUAAAUCAAAUAUUAACGAUCAAAAUGAGCAAGGUGUGCAGGGAAAAAACAAAGAGGUUAAAUCCAAAGAAAAAAAGAAAAAGAAAAGCAAGUUAGUUUCUGAGUCCCUUGCUAAUAAUGUGGAAGAAAAUCAAUUGGAGUCUGUUACUACUGUUGCAGAAAAUAAAGUAAGAGCUGAUAUUUCUACAGAUACUAAAGUUAUUAAUGGCUCUGAGAUAGAGAAAAAAUCUAAGUCUAAAUCAAAAAAGAAAGACAAGCGAAGUGGUCAAAGUGAUGAAAUAGAGCAUACUGAAGAUCCCAAUGAAAUUGUUUUGAAGGAAAAGAAUAUUGAAGUGUCAAGCAAAGAGAUGGCACAUGAGGAGAAGAAAAGUUCUAAGAAAAGAAAAAGACCGAUUACUGAAGAAAAUGAUCAACAAGUUGCAGAUGUUUCGGCAGAUGAAGAAACCAAACGCAGGAAAAUAGAAAACAUCAAUGUAUCUAAGAGAGGAGAGAAGUCAGCAACAACAAAUUCAAAUCAGGGAAAUGAUUUAAAUUCUAAUGAAGACGAUAUUGUGGCAAGUGGUCAAGUAGGUGGUGAUGAAUUACAGAUGGCAUCUGAGGAGCAAACCAAUGGGAACCUUGGAGAGAAAUCUUCUGUACAGAGGUCUCAGAAGAAACAACAAAAGGGAUCAAUUGAGCAAAAAUCAGUGAAGACGGCAUUUCAGCGAGUACAAGUUGAUAAGAUACAGUUUACUGAUGAGAGGCUUCAGGAUAACUCUUAUUGGGCAAAGGAUGGUGCCGAGACUGGUUAUGGUGCUAAAGCAGCAGAGAUUCUUGAUCAAGUUAGAGGAAGGGAUUUUCGUCAUGAGAAAACCAAGAAGAAACGUGGAAGCUAUCGGGGAGGCCAGAUUGAUUUACAGUCUCACUCAGUAAAGUUUAAUUAUUCUGAUGAGGAAUGA